GUAUAAGAAUCCUUAAGGUUGUCAAUGCACAAGAUAAUCGAAGAUGUUCCAGUAAGUUGUUUUCUAGUAGCAUCAAUGUUAAAAUUCCUACCGAAACAUGGCAAAAUCUUAAACAACUUCGUGCAUUGGAUUUCAGUCAUACUGCACUUGCACAAGUACCUGAUUCAAUAGGAGAAUUGAAACUACUCAGAUAUCUUAGCUUUUUCCAAACACGAAUUACCACUAUCCCAGAAUCAAUUAGUGACCUCUACAAUCUGAGGGUCUUGGAUGCAAGAACGGACAGCCUUAGAGAGCUCCCACAAGGCAUAAAAAAACUGGUCAACCUCCGCCAUCUCAAUUUGGAUCUUUGGUCCCCACUUUGCAUGCCAUGUGGGAUAGGUGGGCUAAAAAGGCUACAGACAUUGCCAAGGUUUAGCAUUGGAAGCGGAGGUUGGCAUUCCAAUGUUGCCGAGCUACACCAUCUGGUGAACAUACAUGGAGAGUUAUGUAUUACAGGACUACGGAGGGUUAUAAAUGUUGAUGAUGCUCAGACAGCUAAUUUAGUCAGUAAGAACCAAUUGCAAAUCCUGAGAUUAGACUGGUCUGAUGGUGUUUGCCCCAACAACUGCAGUCAUCCUAGCAGCCAAAAUGAUGUGGCUACCCCAGACCCAGAGCAUGAGGAAGAGAUCUUUGAGAGCCUACGGCCGCACAAGAACAUCGAAGAAUUGGAGGUAGUCAAUUAUAGUGGAUACAAAUAUCCUAGCUGGUUUGGGGCUUCUACCUUCAUGCACUUGGCAAAGAUAAUCCUAUGUCAGCAAAGCUGCAAGUUCCUUCCUCCACUUGGGGAAUUGCCACGCCUCCGCAUACUCUCUAUGGAGUGCAUGACAGAUGUGGAGCAUGUGCGACAGGAGUUCCGUGGAAACAUCACCACAAAGGCAUUCCCAGCUGUUGAGGAGCUGGAGUUUCAAGAAAUGUUGAAAUGGGUUGAGUGGUCUCAAGUUGGUCAGGAUGACUUUCCUUCACUCCGCCUGCUAAAAAUCAAGGAUAGCCACGAGUUGAGGUACCUCCCACAGGAGCUAUCUUCCUCCCUCACAAAGUUAGUUAUCAAGGAUUGCAGCAAACUUGCUAGUCUACCAGCUAUUCCAAACCUCACUACUUUGGUCUUGAAGAGCAAGAUAAAUGAACAAAUUCUGAAUGAUUUGCACUUUCCGCAUCUCAGAUCACUGAAAGUGUUACUGUCACGGAGCAUCGAGCACCUUUUACUUGACAAUCAGAAUCACCCAUUGCUCGAAGUCUUGGUUAUCAGUGUUUGCCCACGUCUUCACUCUAUAAUGGGUCUUAGCAGCCUUGGGUCACUCAAAUUUUUGAAGAUACAUAGAUGUCCUUAUCUGCAGCUACCAUCUGAUAAACCACUGUCAACACAGCUUCAGCGACUUACCAUCACAAAGUGCCCAUUGCUAGCAGACUGGUUGGAAGUCCAAAUUUCGCACCAGCAAUGCCAGUUACAUGAGUCUAAAGAUGCUUGGUAUGAAGAGCAACAAGCUCUGAAUGAAUUGAAUGAUGCAAGUGAGGACGAGCACAGAGAGGAGUUUGGGCUUUUGUACGAAGAUGACAAUGGAGAGGACAACGAUGAGCAAGACCAUGAGCAGUCAGAAGAUGAGGAAAUUCAGUACGGCAGUGAUGACAGUAGCGAAGAGGAUGAAUAGAUAGCUUAAUUUGGUAUAAAAAUUAGAAAGAACACUGCAACCUAUAAGUAAUAAUCACCUAAUCAACGUCAUGCUUUACAGGUGAGGAGCUCAUACCAUAUUAGCUACAUAUAUAUUUUACCGUCUCUCAUGGGUCAUGUGGUGUGAUUGUGUGAAUUAAACAACCAACUAUUAUUUACCUUUUGCGGAGAAAACAGCUGCAUUAUGUGUAGUGGUUCCUGAGUGGUGUAAUUGGUACUAUUUGGACACUCAUAGCAGCCUGGUUCCUUUUCUCUUAUCGCUAUAAGAAAUGGCAUGCAAACCUUCUACGUAUUCUUUAAAAAAAAAGAUAGUUAAAGUCAAGGCUUUGGAUUGAAUCAGGCUAGUCACAAACCUGAAAUGCAUAUAACGUAUAGAAGUAUAAUAGCUGCAGUAACAAAUUAUAGCCUUAUAGGCCCAGUUCUAGGUUCAAACUCGACCAAGAGAUCUGAAUGGCAACAAUACUGCAUCCAAUCUCCAGCUCAGCAAAGAAACUAUGGAGCAACUAGUUAGCUCAAAUGUAGAUUAAUUG